UCACCAUUUAAUGCUUUAUUGCUGUCUCCAAUAACAUAAACAUGUCUCCACCUUCCAAUAACAACAAACACACUCAUCAUCACUACACACAAACCAAACUAAUCAACAACUCAAUGAACCAUCUCUAUCCCAAAACUGUACGAAUACUUCUCACCGACAACGACGUAACCGACUCUUCUUCCGACGAUGAACAACCACACCUCCGCCGUGUCAAAACCUUCGUCAAACAAAUCACAAUCCAAAAACAAAACAACAACAUUACCAAGAAUAAAACUAACAGACUCAAAUCUAAAAAAACUCCGGCGACUCAACGCCGGCCGGUGAUUUACUCCGGGAAGAAAUACCGCGGAGUGAGACAGAGACCUUGGGGGAAAUGGUCCGCGGAGAUACGAGAUCCUAAAAUGCGCGUACGACGGUGGUUGGGAACUUACAACACUGCUGAAGAAGCUGCAAUGGAGUAUGAUAAAGCUGCAAUUGAAAUUCGUGGCAAAGACGCGGUUACGAAUUUUAUUCAACCGAUAGGGAAGAAAAUUAUAAACUCCGACGAAGAAUGUUUCAGCAAUAACGUUGUUUCUGCUACUUCAGUACUUAAUCAGUGUUCUACUUGUUCUUCAGAAGGUGGUGAAUCUGUUAUAGUAAAUGACAAUGUUGUUGUUCAUGAUGUUCCAACAAAUGAUUCAAAUGAAUGUUCCUCUGUUUCGGGGAAUUUGUUUGUAGAAGAUGAUAAUAAGUUUAAAUUUGAGUCAGUUUUUCCAAUUUUUAGUGAUACUUUGUUUGAUGAGUUUGGAAGAAAUGAUGAUUUAUUUGAUAAUGAGGUAGAGUUGGAAAACAUGUUCUUAGUCCCUGAUGAUGAUGAUUUUAAUGGAAAUUUUGUUGAUACUUCCAAUCAGAGUUUGAAUUUGGAUUCAACAGAUUGGAACAGAGAUUAUACUAAUUUUAAGGAUAUAGAGGAUUUCUUUGGUUCGGAUCAUGUUACUGUCGUUUGAUUGAUGGAGAAACAAGCCAAGUUUUGUAAGAAUUUAGGAUUAAGGUUUCUAAUCAGUUU